AUGGCCGCACCGAACAUACCAAACCUAAACACGCUCCGACGAGGACGUGGCCGAGGCCGCGGAGGUCCCCAAAGAGUUGAAGGCAGUCAUGGCGCGCGCUCAUUAGGCAAGGAUCGCGUCGUGCAGGGCACCGACAAUGACGCCAGUGUGUCUCGUUUGAGUGCUGUUGAGCUAGGAUACCUCCAUGAUCCCUACGCAACACCUUUAACCGCGCCCGAAAAUGCAACUAGAAGAUUCCCUAUAAUUAAUCGAGGAACAUACGUUCGCACCACGGCAAUUGAUCAGCUAGUCGAUCGCUUCCUCGAUUCUCCCUCUCGAGGCGACCCGGAACAGAGAAAGCAGAUCAUAUCACUUGGUGCUGGCUCAGAUACCCGCGUUUUCCGUCUUCUUGCCUCCCGGCCGCGCUCUAGUCUCGUUUACCAUGAACUCGAUUUCGCCGUCAACACCGUGACAAAGAUCCGCGCGAUUCGAUCUACACCCUUUUUACAACAGGCGCUGGGCAUUGAUUCGUCAAGCCAAGAUGUGACUGUUUCGGAAGCAGGAGAUGAGCUUCAUACACCCUCCUACCAUAUCUACCCUCUGGACCUGCGGUCAUUGGCAACAUCCAGCGCUCCAUUAUAUACACUACCGCGCGUAGACCCAACACUGCCCACGCUUUUGAUCUCGGAGUGCUGCCUCAUAUACCUUUCACCAAACGAAGCAGAACAAGUAGUCUCGUUCUUCACUGAACGUCUUUUCGCUUCUCCGUCCAAUGCACCCGAUGCGCAAAAUGAAACAACACAGCAGUCGAAGAAAACUACACCACUUGGAAUAAUUUUAUACGAGCCUAUUCGACCGGAUGACCCCUUCGGUCGGACAAUGGUUUCAAAUCUUGCGACGCGUGGUAUCCAGCUGCAAACUUUACACAAAUAUUCCUCCCUGGAGGCGCAGCGAACUCGACUUCGCGAGCAUGGGUUUACAAGCGGCCAAGCGGUCGCUGAUAUUGAGUUUAUUUGGGACCGUUGGGUAGCCGAGGAUGAGAAAGAAAGAGUUUCUCGCCUCGAGUUCCUGGAUGAAAUGGAGGAGUGGCAGCUUUUGGCGAGGCAUUAUUGUAUUGCAUGGGGGUGGAGAGAGGGAGAAGAUACAGCAACUUUCAAUGGAUGGACCGCGCUGCAGGCUCAGCCUGGUAAUUGA